AUGAGAACGAUAGAAGAAAUUGCCUCAAUGCGGUCUUCAGCUGUUCGCCCUAAUAGCUUGGAGUUGGACAAUGCCCUUACUUUGGACAUGGACUGCGUAUUCCCUGACUUUGACAACAACAAUAGCAAUAACAUCGUUUCUAACACCAAGAACACUAUUAAUAGUAGGAAAAAGAGAAGAAGGGCAGCCAUCAAGAAGUUUAGCGAUAUUUAUGAGGAAACUGGAGAAUUUUUAGGCAAUGGAUCAUAUGCUUCUGUCAAGGCCUACAGGAAAAAGGAAACUGGACAAGAAUAUGCAGUAAAGAUGAUCAACAAGUGUACUAGCCUCCAACGCAGCAAAGUCUUCAAAGAAAUUGAAAUAUUCCAUCAGUGCCAGGGCAGUGAGAACAUACUAAAUUUGGUGGAGUAUUUUGAGGAAGAAGAUGUGUUUUACCUGGUCUUUGAUAAGAUGGAGGGCGGCACGCUCCUGAGCAACAUAGAGAGUCGGGGUCAUCUCAGCGAGUAUGAAGCUUCCCUUGUGGUCAAGGAAAUAGCCCGGGCCCUUGAUUUUCUUCAUAGCAAGGGCAUCGCUCAUCGAGACCUGAAACCUGAGAAUAUUCUGUGCCAAAGAAUAGGAGAGGUGGUUCCACUGAAGAUCUGUGAUUUUGACCUGGCCAGUGGUGUGCCUCCCAGCUUGAAUAAUUCUGACGGCAGCAAGACUCCUGAGUUGCUGACACCUGUUGGUUCUGCUGAAUACAUGGCCCCCGAAGUUGUGGAUGCUUGGGUUGGAGAGAGUUUCUCCUAUGACAAAAAAUGUGACCUCUGGAGCCUGGGAAUUAUUCUGUACAUUAUGUUGUGUGGCUACCCUCCUUUUUACGGCCAGUGUGGCGAGGAUUGUGGCUGGGAAAGAGGGGAAGCUUGCCAAGAUUGUCAGGAGCUGCUCUUCAACUCUAUCCAAGAAAGCGUGUACGAGUUCCCAGAGAUUGAGUGGAGCUGUGUGUCGGAAAGUGCCAAGGAUUUAAUCAGACACCUUUUGGUGCGCAACCCUCGCAAGCGCUACUCGGCUGCUGAUGUUCUGAAACAUCCUUGGGUUACGAAGCCUCAGGCAGCUACUCCAUUGGCCACACCUCUAAUCCUAACAAGGAAUAACAGCACCAAAGACCUGGAAUCUUUUGCUGAGACAGCCAUCUCAAUCAAUCGCAUGAUGCAGCAACAACGCCUGAUGAUAUCUGGAGCACCCCAGUUUUACGUCGGCCCCCCAUCCGAACCAGUUAUUGAAGAAAGCAGCGGAGAUGAUGAGAACCACAGCGACAAUGACCAGGAGUCCUCCAUCUGUUUUGACUUCAUGAAAGGCAUGAAAUUCUCAUCACAGGACCUUCCGGUGAUUAUCACAACGCACGCUUCCAGCAGCAGCAACAACAACAAUAACAACAACAGCUUUCAUCAUCAUCAUGAUCCAACAUUGGGAAGCAUGGACAGUUUAAUUAUUAGCUCAGGGAGUUGGCAGUGA